AGUUAAGGAAUAAAGCGUUAAAAGAUGCUGAGAAACGGGUAUGCUCAACAAAAGGAUGCGUUCAAGCCGCCAAUAAUUUGUUAAUGGCAAUGAAUCGUUCGGCAGAUCCGUGUGAAAAUUUUUUUGAAUAUGCUUGCGGCCAGUGGAAUCGUGACCACCCAAUCCCGGAUGAUAUGUUCGCAUAUGGUACAUUCGCAUUUGUUCGAGAAAUCGUUCGCCAGCAGAUGAGGGGUGAGUGGAUGUUUGGAACUAUAAGGAUUUCGCGUAAUCACUAGCU